CGCCGCCAGCCGCGCGCAUCCCAAGCCGCCGCGGGAAGCAGGAGCCACGAUGCACAUAAAGAAGUACCUGCUCAAGUGCCUGCACCGGCUGCAGAAGGGCCCCGGCUACACAUACAAGGAGUUGCUGGUGUGGUACUGUGACAACACCAACACCCAUGGCCCCAAACGCAUCAUCUGCGAGGGGCCCAAGAAGAAGGCCAUGUGGUUCGUGCUCACCCUGCUCUUCACCUCCCUCGUCUGCUGGCAAUGGGGUGUCUUCAUCAGGACCUACCUGAGCUGGGAGGUCAGCGUCUCCCUCUCCAUCGGCUUCAAGGCUAUGGACUUUCCCGCCGUCACCAUCUGCAACACCAGCCCCUUCCAGUACUCCAAAGUCAAGCAUUUGCUGAAGGACCUGGAUGAACUGAUGGAGGCAGUCCUGGAGAGGAUCCUGGGCCCUGAGCUCAGCCAUGGCAACGCCACCAGGGCCCUGAACCUCACCGUCUGGAACUACAUGCCCCUGGUCUUUAUCAAUGAGCAGAACCCCCAUCACCCGGUGGUUCUUGACCUCUUUGAGGACGACUACAAUGGCUCAGCAAGCAGCAGCCCAGCACCAGGAAGGACCUGCAGUGCCCAAGGAUGCAAAGUAGCCAUGAGACUAUGCAGCCACAAUGGGACCACGUGCAAUUUCCGGAACUUCAGCAGCGCCACCCAGGCCGUGACGGAGUGGUACACCCUGCAGGCCACCAACAUCUUCGCACAGGUUCCAAAACAGGAGCUGGUGGCCAUGGGCUACCCCGCCGAGCGGCUGAUCCUGGCCUGCCUCUUCGGGGCGGAGCCCUGCAACUACAGGAACUUCACACCCAUCUUCCACCCGGAUUAUGGCAACUGUUACAUCUUCAACUGGGGCAUGAGGGAGAAGGCCCUCCCUUCAGCCAACCCCGGAGCUGAGUUUGGCCUGAAGCUGAUCCUGGACAUGGGCCAGGAAGACUACGUGCCCUUCCUCACGUCCACAGCCGGUGCCCGGCUGAUGCUUCACGAGCAGAUGUCAUACCCCUUCAUCAAAGAAGAGGGCAUCUUCGCCAUGUCGGGGAUGGAGACUUCCAUCGGGGUGCUGGUGGACAGGCUGGAGCGCAAGGGCGAGCCUUACAGCCAGUGCACCAUGAACGGCUCCGACGUCCCCAUCCGAAACCUCUACAGCGACUACAACACGACCUACUCCAUCCAGGCCUGUAUUCGCUCUUGCUUCCAAGACCACAUGAUCCAUAACUGCAGCUGUGGCCACUACCUGUACCCGCUGCCCCGCGGAGAGAAAUACUGCAACAACCAGGAGUUCCCAGACUGGGCCUAUUGCUACUCAGCCCUGCGCAUGAGCCUGGCGCAGAGGGAGACCUGCAUCGAUGUCUGUAAGGAGUCCUGCAAUGACACUCAGUACAAGAUGACCAUCUCCAUGGCCGUCUGGCCUUCUGAGGCCUCUGAGGACUGGAUUUUCCAUGUGUUGUCUCAGGAGCGGGACCAAAGCACCAAUAUCACCUUGAACAGGAAGGGAAUUAUCAAGCUCAACAUCUACUUCCAAGAAUACAACUAUCGCACCAUUGAGGAGUCAGCAGCCAAUAACAUCGUCUGGCUGCUCUCAAAUCUGGGAGGACAGUUUGGCUUCUGGAUGGGCGGCUCGGUGCUGUGCCUCAUCGAGUUCGGGGAGAUCAUCAUCGACUUCGUGUGGAUCACCAUCAUCAGGCUGGUGGCCCUCGCCAAGAGCCUGCGGCAGAGGCGGGCCCAGGCCUGCUACGAUGGCCCGCCGCCCACCGUGGCUGAGCUGGUGGAGGCCCACACCAACUUUGGCUUCCAGCCUGACACGGCCACACACGGCCCCGAUGCUGGGCCCCACCCCCAUGAGCAGACCCCGCCCAUCCCAGGCACCCCACCCCCCAACUACGACUCCUUGCGUCUGCAGCCACUGGACGUCAUCGAGUCUGACAAUGAGGGCGAUGCCAUCUAGACCCUGCCCAUCCCGGGCAGCCCAGGAAUUCGGACCUGAGCCGUGGAGACCGUUGCCCAAGGCCGCAUUUUAUGAUGCCCUCUCCACAGGCCCGGGACAGUAGGUGGCCAAGGCCAGAGUCCAGGUCCCUCUACAGAGAGCCAGCAGCUCCUGGCCAGUCCCAGGCCGAGGGCUCCGUGGAGUAACGGUGCUGGUACGGACGUGGGAAUUGUGUUCCUGCCCGCACCCUCCAAGCUGACCCAAUCCUUGGCCUGGGAUGCCCCCAGCCAGGCUCCAAGACCCGAAGCAUCUUCCCCUGGAGGCAGGCCACUUCCCUCCCAGGGCCGCUCACCGUCUGCCCCAGAGAUGAACAGGCAGCACGCUUGUGACCUUGUGAAUGGGUUUAGUGAGGGCAGCUUUGGUGGACAGCAGGCGUCAGAGGCCCUGCCAGGUGGCACAUGUUUUGUUCUGGAAAAUAAAAGUAGAAAACACGGAGUCUAGCUUUGUUCUUUGUCCGGGCAGCCAGAGCGCCCUGAUGCAUCUCUGGGGGUGGAAGGGCGUCCAUAACAACUUGAGAGCAGAGGCCUGGCCAGAGAAAGGUCCAAGCUGGUGGUUUUUAAAGUUUCUUUCAAGUUGUCCCUGCCUGAAACAGUGGCUUUAUGCCUUUUUCAGUGUCGUCCAACUUGUUUCUUUGGGUUGCAAGAAUCAAGAGAGAGAGAAAGAGAGGUAAGAUGGGAGAAAUACUCAAAACUGGCUUAAGCAAAAGCAUCUCCAGCAGCUCAAGUGAUGUCUGUUCUCUCUGCCUUCCCAGGCAGGCUGUCCUUACUUGACAGCAGCAAAGGGCCAUCUGCAACUCCAAACUCAGCUAGGACAGAGCACCUCUUUCCCAGCUGUCACAGCAAGUUCCCAGGCAGACUCUCACUGGUCACUGAGUGGGUCACAUGCCUGUCUCUGAGCCAAUCAGUGUGCCCAACUGGCAGGCUGCUGGGAUUGGUCAGACCCUGCCCAUACCUGAGGCCAGUUGGCCCCCAGCAGAAUCACAUGGUCUGAGGGUGGUGGGGACAUGGCUCUUAGGGGUGCUGGAUAAAAUAUAGGCCACCAAGUUAAACUGGAACUUUAGAUAAACAGCAAAUUAAUUUUUUAGUAGACGUACAUCCAUGUA